AAACCUUCAUUUCUAUACAAAGCAUGCAGUAGCAUUCACAUUCACAAUCCACAUUUGAUUUAUAUAUUUUCUUUUGAUUUGGGGAUUCAUCGAUUCGCUUUAAUAUUUUACAAAGUUUGUGUUUUGAAAAAAAUGGCAUCUGAGCUUUCCAACAUUCUCCCUAGGGUUCUUAUUGUCUCUCGUCGCACCGUUCGCAAGAAUAAGUUCGUCGAUUUUGUGGGUGAAUACCAUCUAGACUUAAUUGUCAGUUAUGGAGCAGUCCCAGUUAUAGUCCCUAGAGUAAAUGGACUUCACAUGCUCCUCGAAAGCUUCGAGCCAAUCCAUGGUGUCCUUCUUUGUGAAGGUGAAGAUAUCGACCCAACACUCUACGAUUCUGAACUGUCUGAUUUCUCCCACGACGAACUUGAAGAAAUCAAGAAACUCCAUUCAAGCGAUACCACAAUAGAUCGAGAAAAAGACAAUAUCGAGUUGGGAUUAGCUAAACUUUGUCUAGAAAGGAACAUUCCCUAUUUGGGAAUAUGCAGAGGAUCACAAGUCCUAAAUGUGGCAUGUGGAGGAACAUUAUUUCAAGACAUAGAGAAAGAACUGUCAAAGAAAAACGGCGGUUCUGUUCAUGUUAAUCAUAUUGACUAUGAAAACUACGACGGGCAUAGGCAUCCUGUGAGAGUUGUGGAGAAAACCCCACUCCAUCAAUGGUUUAAGGAUUCAUUGGAAGGAGGGGAAAUGGAUAUUUUGGUAAACAGUUAUCACCAUCAAGGAGUUAAGAAACUUGCACAACGAUUUGUUCCUAUGGCAUUCUCGCCUGAUGGAUUGAUCGAAGGGUUCUAUGAUCCCGAUGCCUAUAAUCCAGAAGAGGGGAAGUUUAUUAUGGGGCUGCAAUUUCAUCCUGAAAGAAUGAGGCGAAAUGAUUCAGAUGAUUUCGAUUAUCCAGGAUGCCCUUCUGCAUAUCAGGAAUUUGUCAAGGCAGUGAUAGCUUAUGAGAAGAAACAGAGUGGUUUGAAGAAGACUGUAAAGAUUGAUCAAGAAUUGGAGAAGAAAAGGAAGAUAAUAGUUAAAAGUUUUUCAAUUGCUAAAGACAUGUAUAGUGCUGGAAAAGUAGGACUAAUUUCACACCAGGAAUCUGAGUUGAAGCCUGGAGCUGAAUUCCUCGAGGCAAAUGUGGCCCUGAGUGUGCAACAAGAGAAGAGGCUAAAACAGAUGGGAGCAACUGUUAGGAAUGGAUCAGUUUACAAAGACAGGUUGAAGAUGAAUGAAGAAAGGGAAAAGCUAGCAAGGAGUAUAAUGGGGAAGAUGAAUGUAGGACAGCUUUCUGAUAUGCUUUCUUUCUACCAUUUAAUGGGUCAGAUUUGCUCAGAUGUUCUUGACAAGAAAAUCAACAAUGGUGCUGCUAAUGCUAUUGAUUGGCUAUAAGAAUGAAUGGUGUGACUGGUUUCAGACU